ACCCGGCCCUUUUUGAGGCCAGUCUUGCCAAAAACCCCAGGAGCUCACGAUGAAAAUGAGAAGUUAAAUGAUUCCUCACAACACCAUUCAACACAAGAACCGAGAGGUUUUUGACACCUGCUUCCUUGUCGGUGUCCUACUGAGCACUAGCACAAAGCCAAGAGUGUUGCUCAGCAGCACCAACCGCGUCUGCCAGGAAUUAAUCUUCAACAUGAACCAGGGGCAGCAGAAGGCAAUCACCAGCACCACAGACAGCAAAGGAGAAGUCUGCAAGAUCCCAUAAGGCUGGAAUAGACUGUUGGCAUCUGCUCUCCACGGCAAAACCGGAGGAGAGCGUAGAGGGAAAAGAAAUGAAAGUCAUUGACAGUGAAAAAUGCGUGGCGAAACACAGGAGGUUCUGACACAAGAAGACCCUCCCAGGAGCAAGCCAUGACUUCUGGAGCCAGCAUCUCUGGCCCGGGAUGAACGCUUGCCCAUUGCCGUGCGGCCACUUGGGGUGCAAAACUGGGGUUUGAGAGGGGCUGUUGCCCCCCGGUGUCUUGCUCUGCCUGGAGAUGUCUGUGCAGAGGUCCCUGGACAGGACGCCUCUUCCUCAGUCAGCGCUGGCAAAAACCAUCUGGGGACACGCUCCGUCCCCUGGAACUCUUCCUUGUGUGACUCGCAGCUCACGUGUGACAGCGCUGCUCCAAACUUGGCCAUCUCUAAGGACCGGCUUUCUUUGGGAUGUGGGGUUCACUCUCAGAGGAAUCAUGGCAGCCCUGCUUUCUGUGUUGGGGUCUCCCUUUCAGCUAUGGAGCAGCUUCAGUUUGCAGUGCAAAAGGAUCUUGCAAUGGCUGUGUAGCUAGCAGCAGCGUUUCUGAAGCAUCAGAGGAGAUGUCAGAGCCAUGAGGCUGAGGGACGGGACUCCCAGCACAAGAUUGCCCGUGUUUCAAAAGGGAGGCAGCCGUGCCAGCUGGAGAACCUCUCUCGCAGCUCCAUCCCCAGCAAAGAGCUGUCUCUAGAGCAGUUUGUGCUGCUUACGGGCAAGAUCAGCCUUUGCAUUUGAACCACCUUCUUGCAGAGGUGACAGGAAACAUCCUCUGGUUUAUGUCGUUCCAGCUGCAAAGGCCAGAGCAGUGUUCUUGAGGGAGCAAGCGAUGAGCACAUUUCCUGGUCAGCAGCCGCUGGCUCGUGCCAACGGUCAAGAGAGGCAGAAGAAAUCCCUUCAGAACAGCUCCCUCUCAAAAGACAUCCUUCUGCUUGAUGAACCGCAGGGAAAGGCGUCCUAAACCAGGCACUUUGACCUUGUUUUCAGCCCAGGUUCCCAGUGCUGGUGCACUCGUGAGCCAGUCGCUGCCCAUCUGCCACCAAGGGGAAUCGCCUCCGAGGCCAGCUGUGCCAUGGGGAAAGGAAAGGGUGAGACGUCGGGAGAGUUUCAUUUAGUGCACAACACGGAUAAAGCCAUUCUUUCUGCAAUUAAAACUGAGGGUAUUUAAUUGAGUGAAAUGAGAUUUCAUUCCCCAUGACCUGUCUGAUUGUACUUUGAAUCUGGGCACGGGCUGCAGUGACCUGCCACAACAUUUGAGGUGUCACCAGCUGCAUUGUGGGUGGUAAAGUGGGAAAGGCAGGAGGGAGCCUCAGCAUCUCCCAUCCCGUGGGUGACUUCAUCACAAAGGACCAGGGCGGCGCCCGCUGGCUCCUGGGGCGGCUGUUGCCAGGCAACAGAGACACUAUAUUGUCCCCUGUCACCUGUGCCCCUCGCCCAUUUGGUCACUGGCCGUGGUGGGAUCACUUGCCGUGGUGGGAUCACUGUGGUGGUGGACUCAUUUUGGCAGUUGGAUUGCUUUCGUGGUGGGAUCGCUAUUGGUGGUUGCAUCACUUUUGGUGGUAGGAUCGCUACUGGUGGUUGAACCACUUCUGGUGGUUGAACUGCUGUUGGUGGUUUUAUCACUUUCGGAACUUGGAUCUGUUUGGCGACUGGAUCACUUUCAUCACUCGGAUUGCUUUUGGCACUUGGAUCUGUUUGGUGACUGGAUCACUUUCUGUGGCAAGGAGGAGGAGGAGAAAGGCUGCUGGCUGCCCAUCCCUCCAACAUCAUCUCCGGACAGAAGAGCUCCCGUCUUCCCACAUCCAGUUCAGUGUUUUCGGGCAGAGCAGCAGCGAUGGCCACACGUGGACUGCUGGAGAUGCUGAACGCCGCCAUGGGGACACCCCAUUUGGGGGUUGUCGACUUGGUGGCACUGCACAAAUUGCUUGAGGCCAUCAUCGGGCAGCUGGGCCAGCAGGAGCUGUCUGUCCUGGAGCCAGGGCAGAGCCCGACCCCCGGCCUGGCAAAGGAUCAGGACAGCAAGGCCCAGCCUGGCCAGGAGAAGGAGGAGGAUGGAGCCCUGGGCACAGGGCAGCACCUCUGGAAACCAAAGCAGCAGCUGGAUGAGAAGGACACGCUGGAGGGGACCGGGAGCAACUCCAAGGUCUCCUCCGUGGCCAAGGAGGCCAUGCCAAAAACAACGGAAGAGGAGAAGAGAGAUGUCCCCAAGAAAAGGGCUUCGCUCCAGGACCUGUGGGAGGAGAUCAGCAAGUUUAAGGAGGCGCAGUCCAGCCUGGAACAGGACGUGCGGGAGAUGAAGGAGGCCAUGCAGGAGGCGCAUUCUGGCCUGGAACAGGACAUCCAGGAGGUGAAGGAGGCACAUGUCGGCCUGGCAGAGGACAUGCAUGCCCUGCAGGAGGCGCAUUCCGGCCUGGCGGAGGACAUCCAGGAGAUCCAGGAGACGCUUGGCCUGGAGGGUGGUGGGGGCCAGUCUGCCCCCGCUGAGCCCACCCAGGUGGCCAUGGACAGCCAGGCCAGGAGGAGCUCAGCACUGGAGCCAAAGGGACGUGGGACACAGCCUGGGAUGGAGACCAGCAAGGGGACUGCAGGGUCUGGCUCCCCGGGGAUGCAAGCAGGGAUACAGGGGCAACCAGCGACCCCUGUGAAGUUGUCAGGCGCUCCCUCCAUUCACAAGAGGUCUAUUGGUGCCAGCGCCACCACCCCGGGGAUGCAGCCAGGAUCCCCGGGCACCCAGGCCAGCACCUCCCUGGGGACACAACCAGGGGCCCCUGAUGCCCAGGCCAGCACCGCGGGGAUGCAGGCAGGAUCCCCUGGGACCUACACCACCACCCCUGGGGUGCAGCCUGGGUCCUCCAGCUCCAAAGCCACCAUCCCAGGGGAUGCCCAAGAGCCGGCCAAGCCCUGGGGCUCCACCAGCACCUCAAGCUACGAGUCGGAGAUGCGGGAGGUGCUGUCACAGGUUGGGCAGCUCGGCCAGCUCUGCGCUGGUCUGAAGGAACAGGUGGAGCAGCUUAAAUCUACAAAAGCAGAAAGCACAGAUCUUGAGGACGUGCGCCGGCUCUUCCCAAAGGGAGGCCGGCAGAGCAUCACCAGCAUCCUGGCCGACCUCAGGUGCCAGGUGUCCUUCCUGCAGGACAUGGCCAGGGCCCUCCACGGGGAGAAGGAGAAGAUCAGCAAGGUGGAGGAUACUCCCAGAAAGACGAGGGGGUCUGGAGCCGGUAGGAAAGCAGACGGCAGUGGCCAGAUGACCCAACAGCCACGGCCCAAGGGACAGAAGGUCAAGGCAGAGCGCAAGGAGCUGGGGAAGCAGCAGGAGCCAACCCAGGCCGAGCUGGAGCAGUUUGCGGCCAAGUACGUGAAUAAGUUGGUGAUGGAGGCAGCACAGCAGCUGCAGGCAGAGCAGGUGGACGAGCCGAGGACGACGGCGCAGAGCGGGGGACACGAACACGCAGGGUGCCACGUCUGCAGCCCGGACACCAGGGUGCUGCUGGGGAAACUCCUCCAGCGCUGCGAGAAGCUCGAGGAGCAGGUGGAGUCCCUGGUCCAGAAGGCGGGCAGCAAGGUGGAGAGUCAUCCGAAGUGGAGGAGACAGUCCCUGCAGCAGGACGAGCAACUCAAGUGCCUCCAGGCCAGCAUCAUGCAGCUACAAAAGGACUAUGAGAAGUUGAGCUCGGCCCUUGCAAACCUCCAGCAGGAUCGUCAGCAGAAGCAGAAUGACAUCAAGGCUCUGUCCCAGGCCCUGGGGAGGCUGGAGAAGAAGCAAGCAGACAAGGAGGAGCUGCUGGUGCUGGGAAUCGAUGAGAAAGCAGACAAAGCCGCCCUGGCUGACAAAGUCAGUCGCAGCCAGCUUGAGGCGUGCGAGGAGCGGCUGACCAAGAUGAUGGAGGAGGUGACGAGCCAGGUGACGGGCCAGGAGAAGGGCUGGCACCAGUUCCAGCGAGAGCUGCAGAGACAGAUGGACUGCAAGCUGGACCGCCGGGAGCUGGGGGCGUUCCGGCAGCAGCAGGAGGAGCGGUGGAAGAGCCUCAGCGGGCAGCUCCAGGAGAAGGCGCUGCAGGCAGAGCGUGACGAUGCCGCUGGGAUUAGGAAGCAGCUGCUGCCCGGUUUCCAUUGCCUGUCCUGCGACCGGCCCCUCAACAUGCUGGCACCUGGACCGGAGCGGACGGGCGAGUGUAGAUACCCCACUGUUCCGCGGAGCUGCGGAGGCCAACACACCGUCACGCCCCCGCGUUUCCAGCCCCAACCGCCCAGCACCCCACGGCCAUCCAAACCCAGUGCCCGCAGCCCCAACAAGAAGGACGCGAUGCAGCUGUCGGGCCAGGACGGCACUGAUGGGAACCAGCAGGACGAGCAGCUCUCCAUGAUGGGGGGCUCUGAGCUGCCCACAAUGCCAAGGGCCACCCCAGACACCCCGACCUCCAGGAACCGGCCAAGCACCCGCUCCUCGCUGAGAUCAGCCGUGCUGCAGCACCUACCAGUCUCGUCUCCCAGACGCUUCACCCUGGCACCGCAGCUGCUGCCGCCCAUCCCGCCCCCCCGCCGUGAACCAACCCCCUGACAGCCGGGCAGGACGGGGUCCCGGCCCUGGUCCCACCGCCCCGGGCACUGAGCAGGCAGCGGCUGCAAUAAAUGGCGAUGGGAAACCAAGCACCGGUGUGGUCUGAGAGGAGUCCCUGGGGCAGGAUGGCAGAAAGCCCCGCUGUGUUUGCUUUUUCAGGAGAAAAAUAAGUGCUAAAAAGGCGCUUUGGGGGUGCCCAGGUGGAUCCAGUUGGUAUCCAGGCCCCCCCAGAAGGAGCACGGGGAGCAAACCAGUGGGCACCAGGGCAGAGCCAGCAGAGGCCCAUCCUGCCCCCGGGUGGGGCUGAGGUGUCCAUGGGCUUCAGAAACACCCCUGGGACUAACUGGGGGGACGGGGUGAGGGGGGAGGCAGGGGGCUGUGCAAGAAGCCGGGCUGGCUGUCGGCAGCCGGAGGAGGGGAGCGCUUUGCGCUUUGCUCUGGGUCAGGGGAUCCAGAACUGGGGGGACGCAGCAGCUUCGUGCCCCGCCCCGGGGUGCCCACGGCCGCCGUGUCGCAGAUGUAUUGUUAACCCCGUCUCCCCCCCACUUCCCCCUUUUGCCCCUCCCUCUCCCCCCUUCCCACUCAGGACAGGCGAUCCGGAGGGAAAGAAGGACACAGAGAAGAGAGUUGGAAAAACUGGCAAUGUUUUACUAAUGCUAUAUUAAGAGUAGAGAAAAUAAUACAAAACCAAUCCUGAAAGUCUCAGCAACUGCAGAGCCAGCACCUGAAGUCCUGGACUGGACUCUGCAGCCAACCGGAGCUGGAUUCAGUCUCUCAGUAGGCCUCAGUUUGCAGGGACGACUAGCAAGGUCCUCUCCUAAUGUCACCAUAAGCAGAAGGGACGAAAAGGGGCAAAGAGGACAAGAUCCUCAUGAUCUGCCACUUGUAUAUGAAGUAUUCAUGUGAAGGGGAUGUUAUACACGGUUGGUCAGUUUGUUGGUCACCUGUUUCUUGUUGCUCCUCUUGCAAGAUGUGAAUUUGUCCUUAUCAACAAGUAAGCAUUCCAUUGCAAUGUUUAUCAAAACAUGUAUGUGUCUGGUUCUCCAGGAAAAGGCAGCUAAUAUGAAGCUUCAGCUGACAGGCAAAUUCAUGCUGUCUGGCUAUCAGAUUGCCGGAGGGGCGGGCGUCGAGGGCUGGGUACUGCGUGCCGCCCGCAGCCAAUGAUGGUGCGGAAGAGGCGGGCGUUGCGGUGUCCCUACUGCGCAUGCCCCAGUCGCGAGCGCUGAUAGGCGGAGAGGGAGAUGAUUGACGUGUCCCGGGGAGCCAACCGGGAUGCGGCAAGGGGCGGGUGCUGCAGUCUCCCUAGUGCGCAUGCCCAAACCGCGAGCGCUGAUAGGUCCGCGGUGUCUCGGGGCCGGGGCCGGGGUGGGGAGACCGGGAGCGAACGGGAACGGGGGUCGGGGCGGCUGCGGAGCGCUCGCUGCGGCCGGCGCCCGGGCAUCGGGAGGCGGGCGGCUCAGGGCCGCCCUUCGUGAGGUUCCCCGGAGGCGGCAGGAGGGCGGAGGGGAAGGAGGCGACAGCCGGGGACCUCCCGCCGCGGGCGUCUCGGGGGCGCGGCGGCUGUCGGUGCCCGCGGAGCCCGGCGGGACGGCGGGGGAGCGCGAGGGGAACGGAGCGGCGAAAGAGGCGGCAGGUGAGUGCGGCAGCGGCGAGGGUGACCGUGCCGUUGGAACGGGGGGAGCGGGAGGGGCCGGCGCGGCGCGGCGCGGAGGCGUUCGGUUCCGGUUCCCCCCCCGCCCCCCCCCGCCCUUACGGCCGCGCUGGCGAAGCUGCUGGGAGGCGUGCGGUCCGGAGCCGCGUCUCCCUCCGGCGCAGCGCCCGUGCCCGGUGCGGCAGCCCCUCCGGGAGCGGCGCAGCCCCCGUCGGUCGCGGGGACGGUUACAAGCAGAGCUAAGGCGCGGUUGCGGGCGGGCUGGGUGGCGUGGCGCCGCUUCGGCGGGAGCUCGGGGCGAGCCCCGGCGGGUUCCGUGUCCUGCGGGCGCGGCUUUCGCGCCGCGGCUCUCUCUGUGCGCUUUUUUGUUUGGUCGCGUUUGUUUUUUGGGUUUUUUUUGGCGGGAUUCCCGCGAAACGCGGCACGACCGCUCGCCCGGGGCUGCCGCGGCGGGUCUCAGUUGCGCCGUCCUGUGGGCAAAGCGCGGUACUGCACCCGGCCGCCCCAACGCGGUGCCGCGGCGCGCCUCGGUGCUGCCGCCCUGUGGCGAAACUCGGGUACUGCAGCGCACGGCAAGGGGGGGGACAGAGACGCCGAUCGAGCCGCGGGGGUUCGCGGUCGGGUCUGUGCGUGCCGGUGUCCGUCCCCCCCCGACGGGGGUCAGGUCCCCAUUGGUGUGCAAACGACAUCCCUCCCUCGGGGCCUCCUUAAACGUUUAACGAUGUAAAUAUUGCUCCUGCUAACGUUUUCGGCGCGGCUUCUUUCCUCAGUGGAUCCGUCCGGCAGUCGGUGGCCCACGGUUGCUCGGCAACAGCAGAAGCGGAUUGAAGGGACCGGCCGCUGGAGGAUGCCGAAGCCUCCCGGGUCAGCGAUGGGAGCAGCUUUGCGUAAAGCGAGGGGUACGUGAAGCCGGGCGUGCGGUGCCGACCGCCCAGCAGACGCCUGUCCCUGUUUUCUCUUCCCGCUUUUGAAGAGAAGCUGCCGAGUCAGCGUACGCUGCGGUGAAGUUCUACAAGAUGCGGCCCUCAGGAACCGGUUGACGUGAGGGAAAUGCUUUCUGACCGCCUGCACGGUGAGGGGACGUUUUUCACCUUUUAGCUCCUUCUGCACGACAAGAGGGAGACGGAAGCCGGCGAGGCGGCCGGAGGACCCGCUCUGUGCGGCCGCGGGGCCCGCGGAGUCGAGGGCUCUGUCGGCGCGCCCCGGGGGUUUCUCUGGAGAGACUCCUCGUCUCGGUCGCGUCGCGGCGGGGACGGACGAGGACCUCUGGCGAGGGGUCUUUCUGCGCUGGGAGCCAGGACCGGGCACGCGCUCGCGGGGCGUCCGUAAGUCGCGGCACGGAAUUUAGGCAGGAUAGCGCGCACGGGCUUGCGAGCGCCUUACAGGCGUGCGGUGGUUGCUCGUGCGGCCAGCUUUUGGUGUCGGUUGUUCCGGCGCUCCGUCGCGGUGUAGAGCCGGCCCCGUACGUAGCGGUGAGGCGUCCCGCAGUUCGGUUUGAUUCUCGGAUAGGCCUCGGCUCUGACUGUGCACUCGAACGCCAAAACCUACAGCGGAAGCUGCGGUGGCUUUAGCGUGCAAGGGGCGCGAGCGCCGUGAAGCCGCCCGUGUGGCCGAGCGUCCCGAUCGCGGCGCUGAGCGUUAGACGGACUUGAGCCGCGUGCCGGAAUCGUUUUGUUUUGGAGAGGGCGGGAUAAACUUGGAGCACAACUUGUGAGGGCGGUACGUCGUGGGCAGGUUUUAGUAUUGCCUGUGGAGUGCCGCUAGAAGCGUUCGUAGUUCUUGCUUGUCUCUGUUACAAGGUGAGCCGUGUCGUCCUGCGUGACGCGUAACGGGAGGACGGCGCGGUAGCGGUGCUCUGCACAAGAGCCCGUUGGGGGGUAUUUUAGCUCGCGGGAAAGGGAUUGGGGAACCACCUGGUGGGAAUGCGAGGAGAGCAGCCCUGGCGGAAUCUGAGGAGCCGAGGCUGUUGUAUAAAUUGGACAAGGAAGGAAAGGCUGCGGGCACAGCGCGGUGCUGCACCCGGCCGCCCCAACGCGGAACUCUAAUGUGGAAUUCCUGUGUUUCAGAGGGGGAGCUGUGACCGCCCCGUGCUCAGCAGACCCCCCAGCCCGGGUGGGGGGAGCAGCGCCGGAGCGGGAGACGCGGCUCCGUCCUCCGUCCCCAGCGUGCCGGGGGGCGGCUGCCGGCCUGUGGGACGUGGCUGCGGCUGUUCGGGGCGCUGCCCCCCCAUGUUUGGGCGCUCUGAGCAGCCCCAUGUGCUGUUAAAGGUUGUGGUGGUGCGGGUCAGGGAUCCCCAGGCUGUGCCGAGACCGCAGGACGGCUGCUGGUGGAACAAAGUCAAGGACAGCUUCUCAGAGACAGGCGAUCCGGAGGGAAAGAAGGACAGAGAGAAGAGAGUUGGAAAAACUGACAAUGUUUUACUAAUGCUAUAUUAAGAGUAGAGAAAAUAAUACAAAACCAAUCCUGAAAGUCUCAGCAACUGCAGAGCCGGCACCUGAAGUCCUGGACUGGACUCUGCAGCCAACCGGAGCUGGAUUCAGUCUCUCAGUAGGCCUCAGUUUGCAGGGACGACUAGCAAGGUCCUCUCCUAAUGUCACCAUAAGCAGAAGGGACGAAAAGGGGCAAAGAGGACAAGAUCCUCAUGAUCUGCCACUUCUGUAUGAAGUAUUCAUGUGAAGGGGAUGUUAUACACGGUUGGUCAGUUUGUUGGUCACCUGUUUCUUGUUGCUCCUCUUGCAAGAUGUGAAUCUGUCCUUAUCAACAAGUAAGCAUUCCAUUGCAUUGUUUACCAAAACAUGUAUCUGGUUCUCCAGGAAAAUGCAGCUAAUAUGAAGCUUUAGCUGACAGGCAAAUUCACUGAAAGAGAAACUUGUUUUUUAAUGAAACCAGGACAGCCCCCUCCCCAAUCCCCUCAGGACUCCUCAGGAUUCCCAUCUGCUCCUCUCAGGACAGCUGAGCUUGUCUUUUGGGGCCCCUGAGAGCCCCCAUUUACCUUCUUUUACCUACCUUUGUUGUUGUUCCCAGCCUAUCCUGGUGUUUUCCAUCCUUCAGGACUUACUUAUUACUGUUGUGAGAGUCCGAGAGAAAAGGAAGAGUGUCUGUGACUUACAACUGUCGUUGUUGAUCUACAGUGUUUUAGAGACGGAUUCUUGCAGGAUCUAUUUCUGGUUCGUCCUUCACUCCUCCCCAGACCGCAGCGCUGGUCCGAGUUCCCCAGCACACGUGUGUGUGUCCAGCCGGGUACGCUGGGGGAGCGCGUCAGGGCGGGCAGACGGCUGAAUGGACACGCUGUCAGCGACUGCGGAACGAGCUGGGGCUGCUUUGACCGUGUCCAGCCUUAUCUCCCAAUCACAGAGACAGCGUCGCUGUGCAGCUGCUAAGGACAGCGCGUCUCGUGCAGAACAGCAUCCUUUGUGCUCCGUGUGCGUGUUCCUCCUUUGAAAUGAAGUUGGGCCGCCCGGUGUUCCACGUUACGUGUGGUACCUGCUGGGCUGAGUCUCCUCCCCGCGCUCCGGUCGGUUCCGUCGCGCUGCCGCAGCCCCGGCAGCACCGCGGCGUUCGCUGGACGCGUUGUUGGCGGAGCCGGCACCGACAAUCUUGACACGUCGAGGCGCUGCGGUGGGUUUGCCUGGAAAUUCCAAGGUAAUUCCAAGGCAGACAGUAAUAAUCCCCAAUUUAUGUAGUAAAAUUUAAAACAGUGGAAUAUAAAUACUGGAGCACUAAUUGGAAGUAAUACCUGUAGAGAAAAAAACCUCUAGUUUAUAUCUACAAUAAAAAAUAAUGUGUGCUAGUAAAUCCGCCUGGUAGUAAUGUAAUGAUAAAAAUGUUAAAGUGUAAAUAGAUGAAAUUAUAUAGGCAUGAGCAAGAAGUAAAUUUAAUUUCAGCUAUUACUUGGUGAACUAGGCAGCAGUUGUUCCCAAUCUGAAUGCUAGUUUAAAAAACACAUUGUUUGGAAUUCCUUUUAAAUGAUAAAGGCAGAAAACUAAUGUGGAGUCAUUGGUAGCUUCAUUUGAACAACCGUUAUGAAAUAAACCGCAGACACGAAUGACUGCAUAGGAAACAAAGUGAGGAAGCUUUAGAUUUUAAACAGCAUUGGAAAGUGAUCGGGAGUGUUUAGUAUUUAAAUUAUAACAGAGCCAUGAGAUGGGAGGCAACAAAGCUCAGAACCAAACAGAGUCAAAACGUUACAUUUCUUUUUUUAAAGAGAAGUAUAAAGGAACCACGAAGUAGUGGCUGUUUAUAAACAGGGGUAUUAAAAAGUUCCCAGGCAGUAAUGAUUCCCAACAGAACACUAAAAGAUAUUUAGAUGUAAAAUAAUAUUAGAAAACAGUUAUGACAGUCUGAAUUUAACCACAGCUUUUUUGGGGUUGUGCAAAAACAUGACCGCUAUUAAUUACCUCUGAGUUAAAAUAAAAAGACAUCAAACUAGAUGUGAUUAACAACAGCUAAUUUUAAUUUUUCAGUGUGCUAUCCAGUCCGGCUUCUCCCUCCAAGGGCGUGGUCUGAGAAAGCCACACCCCCAACUCCACCCCGUCCAAGCUCCGCCCCUGCCAGUCUGUGCCCUCCCCGAGGCGCGUGUCCCUUACAGACCCCUCCCAGCAGCAUAAUGCAUCGAAGCCCCGCCCGCGGCUCCACCCCUAAACUCAGCCCCUGCUAAACCACGCCCCCUCAGAGCACGUGCUGUGCAGAGCCCACUCUACUCUCGGCUCCACCCCUCCCUUCCUAAGCUACGCCCUCUUUGGGCGUGUCGUUCUCCCUACCCCAAGCGGCUCCUCCUAUGGGGGUGUGACACACGGAGGCCCCACCCCCUGCCCAGUUCCCCCAGGUGGGCCUCCCAAUGGGUGUGUCCUCCCAGUCCCCGCCCCUCAGCACGGAUCCCACCCCCGUGGGUGGGGCUACACCCAGCUGCGCGCGCGGCCCCCCCACCCAUGCGUGACCCUAAGUAACCCCAUGGCAGCCCUAUGGCUGCCCCACAGGUACCGCUACAGCAGCCCUGCUCCUGCCCCGCAAGAGCUCCAGACACGCCUCUGCAGAGCCCCCACAGCAGCCACUCCAGUGCCCCACAGCUAUCACCGCAGCCGCCCCAUCCCGCCCCACGGCCGCCGCUGCGGGACCCCUGGAGCCCCCGGCCCCACACCCGCCCCGCAGCCCCACAGCGCGCGGUCUCGCGGCCGCGGUGCCGGUGAAGCCACGUGCCGGCCGCGGCCGGAGGAGCCGCCGGUUUUCCCCCCCCCACACCCCGAUCGCUGCUGCCGCGGCCGGAGGAGCCGCCGGUUUCCCCCCCACACACCCCCCGAUCGCUGCUGCUGCGGCCGGAGGAGCCGCCGGUUUUCCCCCCCGCCCCCCCCGAUCGCUGCUGCCGCGGCCGGAGGAGCCGCCGGUUUCCCCCCCCCACAUCCCCCGAUCGCUGCUGCUGCCGCGGCCCGAGGAGCCGCCGGUUUUCCGCCCAGCCCUGACUCUCCUCCGUUCUCCUCAAUCGCCGCUGCAUGCCGCCACGAUGUCUUCUCUUCCGCCAUCUUGUUUCCCCCUUCUCCUCUCAUUCGCUAUUUUAUACCGAGGGAGGGAGGAGGCGCUCGCUGAUUGGCUGACAGUGUCAGCCUCGGAAGUCGUCCAUUGGCUCAUCCCCACGAGGGGUUCUCCGAGGGGGUGGGAGAAAGGCGCUGAUUGGUCACCGUGUCGCUGAGGGGAGGAAGGCACUGAUUGGUCACUUUCCGCCGAAGUUCGCCCUCCCAGUAACAGGCGCUGAUUCGCUAGCGCCCCUGAGGUAGAAAAGGCGCUCAUUGGUCGGCGUUUUCUCGCCGACGUUAGCCCACAGCAACGAAGCGCUGAUUGGGCAGCGCGGCUGACGGGGCGGAUCGUCCAUUGGAAGGAGGGCGGGCGGGGGGCGGGACCGGGCGGGACAACGAGGUAAUAAAUGGGGCGGCGCAGAACGCGCGCAGGACCAGAAAGGCGGAGGCGGCAGCGGCAGCGGCAGCUCAUCGGCCCCCCCCCCCCCCCCCCCCCCCCCAGCCCGCCGCGGGAAACCGGAGAACGGCAGGAACGGCGGCCGGAAUCAGUUAACGGGGCGGGGCAGGGCGGUAAUUAUCGUGCGGGUGUUAAUUGGGGCUCGGCGGGUUAAUGAGUGACCGGCGGGCUGGGGUGUAUCUGGGGGUUUUGAUCGGAACUGGGGUUUUAAAGCCGCGGGUUUGGGGGGGGGCGGGGGCGAUUAAGGCUCCCGAAGCCGCUUUAGCGGCUUAAAUCGUUGUGUUGAACGCGGGAGGAGCCGGUUCGGGGCUUUUCUCAGCAAGCGGGGCUGGUUUGGGUCUAAUUCGGCUUUUAAAAGAUGUUUUUACGUAAUUUUUGGGUGCCGAUUUGUGCCAGAAGGCGCCUUUGAAAUCUGUUUAUUGAGGGUUUAUCAGGAGAAUUAAAGUUUAAAGCUCGGGGAGAUUUGGGGCUUUUCCCCGGGAUUUUGAGUCCAAAUCGGUUUUU